AUGCUCCGCAAUGUCGCAAUCCUUCCGGAAGCUAAGAACGAGGCUAGGACAUUAUAUCAGGAGCCCUCGAUUCGAGCCAUCCAUGUCACACAAGGUAUCGUCACGGACGACCACAGCGCUUCGAGAUGCCAGCGACGGAGACGACAUCGGGGUCUGGACACAGCCAUGCAGGCAUUCGGAAGCCGCGGAAGUCUCGCGGGCGCGGACUCAGAGCAUACGACCACUGGCUGUGCCGUUUGCCGGAAGCGACACAUGAAGUGCGACGAAGUGAAGCCGGUAUGUGGACCCUGUUCUAAGGGCAAUCGAGCGUGCUUGUAUGGCGCCGUACCUUCCGCACUCGAUACAUCUGGUCGAGGAGUUCUGGACAGCGAGAACGCGCCACCGAACGCAGACAACGAUCCAAAUCCUUUGCGCGCCGACUCUUCUCUUGUAUCGCCAGGUCAGAGUACGUCACACAGUGGCUUCAGUCGUACAGCCGCUACUGCAAAGCGUGCGAGCUUUUCAGACACUGUGGAGAAUCGUCCAUCGUCGAGGCAAUGGCCCGUCACUCCGACUGACGACAGUCUGCAAGCCUUCAGUCCUCAGAGCAGCUAUUCCAACUCAACAGGCUAUGGAACAGAGGUGGCUCCACUGCGAUGGUUCGGGUUGUUGGCUGGGGACGCAGCGCAAGGCAAUCUGGACCUGCCGUCUCUGGAAAGCCUGAGCGACGCUGCUCACGCUCGGCGCUACGAGCUACAUCGCGAUGGCGUUUCACCUCAGGGCCCGCAACCGCCGAUCAGUCUCACGCAUCCUAGUUUCGCUGAUGGGGUAGCUUUGCAGAAUCCUUCGAAACUGCUGCAGAUCUCAGCGAUAUCUCCUGCGCCACCGAAUGGGGCCAACGGGACCAUCGACGAACGACAGUUUUGGCAAGCUUCUGAGCCGAUGCAGCUCAAAGACCAUGAGUUCGACAUUUUUCAACGCUUUGUUACUGGCAUCAGCCUGUGGAUUGAUCUCUUCGAUGCUAGGAGACACUUCUCCACGCUCAUUCCACACCUGGCGUUGCAUAAUGAAGGCCUUAUGAAAGCUGUGCUUGCCCUUGGUGCUCGCCACUUGUCAAUCAAGCCUAAGCACAGUGGGGAAGCCAGUCUCGACCGUACAUCUGCUGUGCAGUAUUACUAUGAGACAUUACAGUAUCUGCAGUCAGCCAUGCGCUUCACGUCAUACAAGAACAGCGACGAGCUCUUAGCUACGGUACUCGUAGUCAGCAUGUACGAGAUGAUCGAUGGCGCAGGUAAAGGUUGGGAGCGCCACCUCAAAGGUGUCUUCUGGAUCCAGCGAAGUCGGGAGAUCAAUGGUGAGUCGGGAGGUCUCGAACAGGCUGUCUGGUGGGCGUGGCUUCGUCAGGAUGUUUGGGCAGCAUUCCGAGAACACAGGCGAUGCUUUAGCUUUUUCAGGCCAACCAAAUCAUAUCAUGACAUGGACAUGUGGGACAUGGCAUCGAGGGUUGUCUACAUCUUGGCUCAGGCUGUGAACUACAGCUCGAAGGAAGAGAAAGACGAGGAAUUCAACCAGCGCUUGAUGCGAGGCAACACCCUUCUCAACAUGCUGGCGGAAUGGAGACAAAGCAUAAGCGUGCAUUUCUCGCCCCUGCCCGUCGAAGGACCUUCUAACAGAGCGUUCCGGCCGAAGUGGAUUCAUCCUCCCGCGUUUGGCGUGUCGCUCCAGAUGUAUAACAUGGCUCGUAUAUUGCUAUCGAUUCACCAACCAUCGGCAGGUGGGUACCUGGAACUUUUGACCAGAGACAAGGUUAUUCAGGAGUGUGUUGAUGAGAUUGGUGGGAUAGCGAUGAAGCUUUCUGAUGAUGCAUCUCGUUUGAUGUCAACACAAUGCUUGUUCGCCGCUGGACUUUACUCCAACGACACAGCCAAAAGAGAAUUUAUCGCGGAGCUCAUUCGAGACCACCAAAGCCACACCGGAUGGCCUGUGAACAUCGAUCUGGCCGAGGAGCUGCGACAUGAAUGGGCCAAGACCUAG